UUUGUGUCAAAUUUUUAAAUAAAUCAUAUUAAAUURCAAAUUAUAAUUUAUAAAUCAACUAAAUUAUGCUGUUUACCGAGUAAAGCCACUUGUUUGAGCGCACACAUGUAUCACUCCGCCCCCUAAAAGGUAGMGCCACGUCCUCCGCUGCAGACUAGUUAAUCUGUCUGCUGUGGAUUAAUCUCUGCCGUCUGUCGUGUUUUGAACACGAUGUGACGACCGGACCAUGGCCGGUGAGCUGACCCGGGAGUCCGUCCUGGGCUUCCUGAAGGAGCGGGGAGGCAAAGCGGAGUUCCUGCAGCACUUUGGAGCCGCUCUGUCCGCGGAGGAGCCGCGGGAGAAGGCGGCCGCUCGGCGGGCCUUUAAAAGCUCCGUGGACGGCGUGUCCGUGGUGAGGACAGAGACAGGAGACACGCACCUGUGUGUGAAGGAGAAGCUCCGCGGCGGCAGCGGGGCAGACAGCCCGGCCAGCCUCGCUCCRGAGGCGGAUCCCAGCCCACAGGUGAGCCCCGGUGAUGACGCAGCUCCACCUGGCUCAGGUUCCGGAAGUGACAGGGAGCGAGUUCCGCGUUUCUUCGCAGCUGACAGCUUUCUGACCGGUCAAACCGAGCGGAACCGAGCGCGGCUGGAGUCCGUUUGUCUCGCGGAGGAAGACGACGAGGAGGAGGAGGUGUUCUGCGACUCGUGCGGGAUGGGGAACGUGGGGAGCGUGACGAGGAAGGAGCAGCAGGUAGAAGCAGACCUGCCCAGGAUCACGGUGUGUGAAGCCCUGCCUCGCCCUGAACAGGAAGCAGCCUCAGACCUGCCCGGGCCUGAGACACCUGAGACCCCUGAGACCCCUGGACUCAGUCCCACUCAGAGGUGUGCUGGGACACCUGGCAGCCCCGGGCCGAGUCACCUGAGUGUGUCUGAGAGCGAGGGCAGCGUCACGCCGACCCCCAGCCGCCGCCGCUUCAUCCGGGCCAUGAUGAGCAGCUCCCCGGAGGUGAGGCGCAGCGUCCACCUGGCCUCCAGGCCCAGCAGCGACUCCCUGGGCUCCCUGGAUGACAGGACCCCCGUGACCCUUGACCCCGCRGAGCACGAGUGGAUGAUGAGCGCCUCGGACGGCGAGUGGGCCGACCUGCACCGCCUCCUCGUCGCCGAGCCGGGCCUCGUCCAGAAGAGGGACUUCGUGACCGGGUUCACCUGCCUGCACUGGGCCGCCAAGCAGGGCAAGCCCGAGCUGCUGGCCCGCAUCCUGGACUUCGCCGAGGAGCACGGGGUCCCCGCGGGCGUGGACGCGCGGUCCAGCAUGGGCUACACGCCACUGCACGUGGCCGCCAUGCACGGACACGUGGAGGUGGUCAAGCUCCUGGUGGGGGCCUUCAGCGCCGACGUGGAGCUGAGGGACCACAGCGGCAGGAGGGCCUGCCAGUACCUGGCCCACAGCGCCAGCGUGGACAUCCGGGACAUCGCAGGGGCUCACGAGCCGCCCGAGGACCACGACCGCAGGGGCCAGGAGGGCCGCUGGAGGUUCUCCAGGGUCCUCCAGUCCAACCUGAAGCCCACCCGGCUCUUCAGCGACGACCCCCUGCAGGCGGAGGCCCGGGUCAGGAGGAGGUCCUCCUUCAGUGUGAUGAAGCCCAAACUGCCCCGCCUCAGGACCUCCCAGAUCGUCCACAGCUCGUCCUUCAACCACAGGGACAACGUGGACGUGUCCAGGAAGGCCUCCUUCAGGUCCAGACCCCACACACACUUCUUGGGAUGAGUCCUUCAGGGUGGUCCACAGGUCAUCUUCUCAUCAGCUCCAMUCCAAACCAACAGGGUUUAAGACAAAGUUUUAAACAAACAAAACAUGAAGAAGAAGUAGAGCUCCGAGUGUUUAAGGAUGACUCUCAGCUACUACCAGUCUGAGCUCAACAUCUGUAAAACACUUCUUUUCAUGUUUGUUUCCUGAGCUCAGCUGCCUGACGGCCAACAGUGAAACUGCUGGUUGUUUGUUUGUUUGUUUGUUUGUUUGUUUGUUUGUUUGU